AUGACAAUGAAACUGAUUUGCCUGUACAUGUUAAUCACUCUGAUUACAACUACUGCCGCUGCUGUCAGCUGGGAACGUCAUUCAAAGCCUGUUGAAGCCAUGCAUUCAGACGAAAUGCCAAAGAUGCUUCGUAUUCAGUCUAGAGCUUAUUUACCUCCACGUUAUGCUAACCUAUUCGGCACGAAGUCUGCAGUUGUUCGAGAUGGAUCAGCAUUCCUCCCUAGAACAAUUUCCGACUUCACUGGUAAACUGGGGCAAAUCCGUCGUCAAACGUUCAGUUGGCAACCAUCUCGUGUCAAUGUGGAUAGCGAAGAUUUCUGA